GAUGGCGGCGGGAGCAGCGGCCGUUGGAGGAGGAGGAGGAGGAGCCCCCCUGGCGACCCCCGCUGCCGCCACCGCCUCAGCCGAGGCCCGCUUCUCCCUCGUGGUCGUCUUCGGCGCCGGCGGAGGACGAGGGGGGCUCCGCACGGCGGUCCUGAGGGCCGUGCGAGACGGGAUCCGUUCUUGGGACAUCGACUUGACUGCCUGCAACCUUGACCAGCAGCUGAAGCUCUUUGUCUCUCGCCACUCAGCCACCUUCUCCGAUAUUGUGAAAGGUCAGCGGGGCUCUGCACCAUCGGGGAGACAUCCUGGAGACAAUGGUGCUGCUGAACCCUUCUGACAAGUCCAUCUGC